AUGUACUUAGGAGCCCCAAUCAAAGCAAAAGAAGAAAAUAAAGAGCAAGAUGAUAACAGUAAUAACUCAUUCAGUGGGCCAGUAAAACCAAAGAAAAUAAAUGAAUAUAGAUUACCAAAAGAUAUUGGACCGGGAUUAUUAAAAUUUUGUUUAACACAUUCAGAUUCACCAAAUUUAAAGGAAACAAAAUUAGAAGAUCGUGAUCCAAAGGACUACGAAUGGCUUAAAGAGGCAUUUAGCAAUUUAGAGGAUGAUGCAAAAAAAAUGAAGAGAUUAAUGGAAAUUUUUGAAGAUAAACCAGAGAAUAGAGAAAUGAAAAAAGAAGAAAGAGAAAAAAAAUAUAUAACAUCAUUGGAAACUUUGAUUUUCUAUAUAGAGGAUUUGGACAACUCUGGUGAUCUUAUAAAGAUUGGUGGUGCUCCGGUUUUAAUCAAUUUAUUAAAUUCAACAAAUGAACAAGUUCGUGCCAUUUCAGCACAGUGUCUAUCAACCAUGGCACAAUCAGAACCAACUAUCCAAAACUAUUUCACCUCGUUGGGUCUUUUAGAAAUUUGCAUCAAGAUAUUAAAUAAAGAAACCAAACCAUUUUGCAGAGAAAAGUUCCUUUCAUUAAUCAGUAGUCUUUUAUCUUACGAUAUGGGUUCAAUUAAAAUCGAUAAAUCAACCCUAGUAAAUAUAGUUCAAUUAACAACCUCAUUCCUUUCACCAACUGUAGAAUUAACAAUUAAAAAAGAAAAUACAAAUGAUAAUAAUAAUAAUAAUAAUAGUGAGGAAACUAUUACAGUUGAAAAUGGUGUCAGUGGUAUUUCAAAAGCAUGUUUCCUUUUAAACAAAUUAAUUAUUGCAUUCCCAGAAUUAAAAGAAGCAGCAUUUGAAUGUGGCUCAAUAGAUGGUUUAAUUGGUUUAAUAAAGGCAUUUAACUUACAAAGCAAUCCCUCACACACACAGGUUGUUAUGGUAGAAAAAGUUGAAAUCUCUCUUUUAACUUUCUUAAAAGAUGACAAAUCAAAAUAUGUUAUAGAACAAUGCAAAGCUCAAAACCUUUUAAUAGAAAUAGAAAAAAGAUUAAAAUCACUCAAUACAGAAAAUAAUAGUGACGAAAUUGAUAUUUUAAAUAAUAUUAAAAAACUAUUAAAAUAA